AUGAUGCAGCAGGUUCGGAGAAAGUCUACGCUUGGCUUCCUUUGCAAUCCUACGGGCUUCGCUUUAUCAUCCAGGCCGACUGGCAAGUGCCGUCAUCUCGGGAGGCCAUUACAGACAACGUCUUCAAUCAGCAGAUUCGAGAGCAAGUGCCAGCAGCUUUCGUUGAAGCCGCCAAGACGUUCACAAAGCUGGCAUCUGCAGCGGCAGAGGAAAAUGGUUUGGGGAGUCCAGGCAUGCCCUGGCCGCAGCUUGCAGCAGCUUUGGAUGCAUCGGCGACUAUGCUCACACCACUCUACACUGCAGUCCCCCGCAAAGGUGAUGCAGUGA